AUGCCGGUGCACGGCUCCCUCUCUUUCUUAGCGCUUUACCCUCCAUCUUUUAUCUUUUCCACUCCCUCCUCUUCCUUCCAUUCCAUCUCUUCUCUAUGCACAAACCACCUUCAAAAUCUCUUGUCUCGAGAUUCGGUCUAUCUAAGCUACCAUCUCACUUCUCCUUUUCUCCCAACUUCAGCCAGGAAUUAUAUAGUUCUUUCCCCCUUACUCUCCCACUCCAUAACCCGCCUAAUCAAGUUUUUUCCCAUUACUUAUACGUACAGUCUAUCUAUCUAUCUAUCUAUCUAUCUAUCUAUCUAUCUAUCUAUCUAUCUAUCUAUCUAUCUAUCUAUCUAUCUAUCCCAGUCUGUUCAUAUCUAUCUAUCUAUCCCAGUCUGUUCAUAUCUAUCUAUCUAUCUAUCUAUCUAUCUAUCUAUCUAUCUAUCUAUCUAUCUAUCACACUCGCAGCCUGUCUAUUUCAAUCUGUUAUCUAACUACUUCAGUUGGUUCGUAUAUCUAUUUCACACUGUUUCUAUCUAUCUAUCUAUCUAUCUAUCUAUCUAUCUAUCUAUCUAUCUAUCUAUCUAUCUAUCUGUUUCUGUUCGAAUAUCUAUCUAUCUAUCUAUCUAUCUAUCUAUCUGUUUAUGUCAGUCUGUUCGAAUAUCUAUCUAUCUAUCUAUCUAUCUGUUUAUGUCAGUCUGUUCGAAUAUCUAUCUAUCUAUCUAUCUGUUUAUGUAUCUAUCUAUCUAUCUAUCUAUCUAUCUAUCUAUCUAUCUAUCUGUUUAUGUCAGUCUGUUCGAAUAUCUAUCUAUCUAUCUAUCUAUCUGUUUAUGUCAGUCUGUUCGAAUAUCUAUCUAUCUAUCUAUCUAUCUAUCUAUCUAUCUAUCUAUCUAUCUAUCUAUCUAUCUCUACUCUCUUUUGCUCUUAUCACCAUCUUUAUCCGCCUCUUCUCUUCACCUCCCCCAUUGCCUCGUCCAGGCUUUAUUGUGCUACGCUGUUACUUUUCACUCCCUCUCUCCACUUCUCUUCCUACUCAGUCUUGCGAAGCUGUUGCCUUCACUUUCCUCUCUCCCUCGUCGCGCACUUGACGCCAAUGUGGACGACGUUGGCGACGAACAGGUUCUCCCUCUGAUUUUCUUUAGCAACCGAAACCUAUCAAUUCUGUCUUCUUGUCUCCCUCCCCUCUCUUCGUUCUCUUCAUCUUUUUCUACCCUAAUUUAUCAGUUCUUCAUUUUCUUUCACUUCCUUUCAUUUAUUCUGUCUUUCAUAUUCGUGACCUUUUUUCUUCUUCAGUGUGUACGAUUUAAUUCGUGUUUUCCAUACCCACUUUCUUCCAUUUCUCUCUUUCUACCUCUACUUCACUUUCCUUUUGCUAUAACAUGCAUGUAUUCUGAUCAUCCUUUUUCUCUUUCUGUUCUGUUCCUCUCUUUUGCUGUCUCAGCAAAGAAAAGUUAUAUGACAGGAGGGUUUCUUCUCUUUCUCUCUCUCCUUUUUCCUAAUUUUCUUCUAUUAACUUUUUCUUCCUUAUCAUCUCUUCUUACCCAAAGUUCUAUGCUUACUUCUCUCCUUCCUUCCACCUUAGAUCCCUUUUUAUUAUCAUCAAUAAUCGUUUCUUCCCUGCUUUAUCUCGAGAAAACCUUUUCUUUCCUUCUCUUCCAAUCGGUUCUAUUGUUCAUACUUUCAUACUCUUUCCCUACAUCACUUCUUUCUGAGAUGUCUCAGUGUUAUAAAUUGAGAAAAGUUGAAAGAAAGAAAAACCAACCUUCAUGCUUCUCUCUCUCUCUCUCUCUCAUGCUGGUGGCAUUUCUGGACUCUCUCUCUCUCUCUCUCUCUCUCUCUCUCUCUCUCAUAUAUGAUGGGAAUAUGGAUGGAACCAAAUACAGGGCAAUCCUUGAAGAAAACCUAUUACAAUGUCACACUUACUCUGACUGCCCAUCCCACAUCCUUCCAGUCUCAUUACCCACUACAUCCCCUUUCACAUCUACCCACUUAUCUACCUCCACUGACUUCAGCUCUUUCAAUGUUUCUCUUUCAUCAUCAUCAUCAUCAUCUGUUGUUUUUCCUCUUUCUUUUUCCUUCAUUCUUUCUUCCUAUCUUGUUCUAUCUAUCUGUAAUCUGUUGCAUUCACACUAUACUAGCUUCCUUUUGCCAUUCUUUCUAUUAAAUGUCUCUUUUAUUCGCUUAACAUCUCCCCUGUCAAUUUCUUUUUUCUUCCCAUAUUACUAUGUCUAUCCUUUUUUCUCUCUCUCUCCCUCUCACCCACUUGAUAUCUCUCUCUCUCCUUAUCUCUUAACAUCUCCUUCUUUUCCUCAUUCAGCCUUGUCCUACUCUUUUAUAAGCUGUCAUACUCUUUUUCUUUUGUUUUCUUUCUCAGUUUAUGUCUGCUUAAAUUAUGUGUCCGCUUUUCUUUUAUUUCUAUUUUUUUUUUUGCUUUUAUGUUCUCUUUCUAACCAGCCUACUCUGUUUCCGCUAUUAUUAGAUCCUCAAUACACAUUUCUUUCUUUCUUUUUUCUUUCUUUCUUUCCUACUCACUAUCUGAAACAAUUUCUCUUUUAUUUACCUCUCCUAAAUACUUCUCUUUCUCCCCCCCACCCCCAUUAUCUUUUGCUCCUCUGGUUUAUCAACUAUGUUCUAAUCUUUUCCCUCUCACCUCCCCCCCCCAUCCUAAGGGACAGCCCUAACACUAUUCGCCUACCUCCUCUCUACUUUUUUGUCCUCCAUCCUUACUCUCUCAUUUUUGUCAGCCUUUUCUGUCAUUCUCUUUCAUCUACAAUACGUUCUUCAGUGCCACUUUCUUCUGCUGGCAGUUCAUAUCUAUCUAAUUCUGUUCAUAUCUAUCUAUCUAUCUAUCUAUCUAUCUAUCUAUCUAUCUCAUUUGUUUAUCUAUCUAUCUAUUUGGCUAUCUAUCUAUCUCUCUCGGUCUGUUCUUUCUUUUUAGCUGUCUGUUCUAUAUGUCUGUUAUUCAAAGUAGCAUUUCUGUUUCCAUCCCUCCAACACUGUUCUUCUUCAGUCUGCCACAAACAUGUUAGUGUGGGUAUGUGUGUGUUAUCCUUUUCUCCACUUCCAGCGAGUCCCUUACUCUCUGUCCCCCUAUGUUGUGCUGUUUAUCCAUCACCAUCACAACCCCACCACCAUCGCUGGUGCCUCACCCAUCUUCCCUCUUCUCCUGCUUUCACUUUUUCUUUCUCACCCAGCUCCAACCUGAAUCCAAACCCUACCCACUUCUGUCUGAACUAUAACCCUUCCUCUUACCCACUCCUGCCCCUUCUCGUCACGUCUCUCAUAAUUGUGCUACCACGUGCUUUUUACCUACUCCGCCUAACACCAUCAACUUCUUUUCGUCAGUCUUUUCUUUCUCUCUCUUUUCAGCUUCACUCACCAGUUUUCUCCUCUCUUUCACUCACUCCCAUACAUUGUUUGCUUCUCUUCAUUCAUUUUACACACACUUUUUGCUCUUUCUGUCCUCUCUUCUUUCUCUCUCCUGUCAUUUCUUUACUCAUUUUUGUAGAUCAUGAGUUUUCUUCAUCUCCCUCCUUUUGUUAUACUUUUUUUUUCUUCUUUUCCUUUUUAAAUACUAUCUUUCUUUUCCUAUUCUUUAUUGGUAAUCUCACUUUCUUUUCUCCCUUCAAUAGUUAUCUUUCUACCUCUUGA